AUGUCACUUUUGUUAAGACUGUUUCAGAGUGAAUUUUUUAAUAGUUGGAUUGCAAUAUCAUAUCUGUUCAAGUAUCCUGAUUCGGUUGGCAUCCAACAUUAUCUAUGUAACGAAUUGAAGAAGUUUCCUACGUCUGAAAUUGAGUUCUUCUUGCCCCAAUUAUGCCAUUUACUUAUAACUCGCACAGCUGAAUCAGUUGCAUUAGAAUGCUUCAUUCUCGAAGCAUGCGAGAAAUCGGCACACAUGGCUGUAUUGGCUUUGUGGUAUCUGCAAGCUUACAGAUCAGACCUUUCCUCAAAUCCCAACUCACCGGCAUUCGAAGUAUGUAAGCGGGUGUUGAAUAAGUGUCAAGCUAUUGUCUUUGGGCAAGAUCAAAGUUUCUGCGACGACAAGGUCCCCGGAUCCCCAACUGACAGAUCACCGCGUAAAGUACGAGAGAACACUUACCCAGCGCUAGUAGGAAUCGGCGCUAUAUUAGCCGGUAUUGGUGCACCCUUGUUAACAAGGAGUUCAGCUCAGAUAGCUAUUGCGCAGGGCAGAAGACCGAGAUCAUAUCAAACUGGGGUUGGAAGUGGUUUG